UUCUUUAGGUCCGAACCAAACAGCUCAUAAGUCAUUAUCUUCUCAACAUAAGAGGUACAGCUAAAUGUUUUGCAAUAACACAUUGAGCCCCGAACCACGUAAUUCAAGUAAGCAGGAUACAUAAGCUAACAAUCUCAUCACUCUAAAGCCAAGAUACUUUGAAUGAGUUUGAAGUUAGCAGGACACAUAAACUAGUUCUUAAAUCUCUCCACCACCCUAACAAAACCCAGUAGUCGAUUCAAGUAACAACAAUAAAGAAAUCUGUAAGUGGCAUAAAUUCUCCGAAGCUAUCAAUCUACAUCACGCUAAUUCAAGAUCAGAACGAUUCAUGGUUGGUGAAGAGAAGUUUUAAAAUAGUCGGAAGAAAACACGACGGGGUUUGUUUUUGCAAAAGAACAAAAAAGGAACCAAAGUAGAAAGGCAAAGAACAAAAAAGGGAAAGCCUGUCAGACAACCGUGCGACCACACCGGAGAGGUAAAGACCUAACCGGAUAGCGAUCCUCUACAGCGCGGAGACUCCGAGGAGAAUCCUAGCCGUUAAUCACACUCAGAUCGCACGGCCAUGAUUCAUCAACCAGGUUUGAGGGCCUGUCUCCUUAGAAAUCAAGGAUACAGAGGUACGAGCCUAUAGAACAGAUCCUGUUCAAGUAAGGUCGUGACCACUGCUUCCAUCUCUCUGGGAUAUAAACAACAGGACUGCUCUGUACAUUACCGAUAUGGGACAAAUAAACAACCUCACAUGCUCUAUCCUAUACGUUGCCGUUUCUAAGCUCAAAGCACUAAUGCCACAUACGUCAUCGUUUUAGUUAUCUCGAUCUAAUAAAACAAAUCAAAGCCAAUCUCUCUCAAUCUAUCCGACCUGAUGGUAUAACACGUGGAAAAGCCAGAAACACCCACCAUUGAUAAACUAACUUAACUGAUUAUUUAUUUUUAUCAAACUCAGUAGAUUAAAAAUGUCACUCAAUUGUAAUGUUAUUGUGUUUAUGACCUGUUUCAUUGGCAGAUGGAUCUCGCUCUUUUACCAAGAUUAUGAGCCUGUUGUUUGGAGAAGUCUGUAUGUAUGUUAUCUCUUGGGGUCGAAAAAGUCUUCUGACCUUGAACGGAAGAAAAUUGUGGAAAUUAUUAUGAGAUUAUACACAGAGAUACUAUGCACCCUCCUUUUGUGUAUCAGCUAAACAGAGCAAAAAAGAAAGGCCUGUCAGACAACCGUGCGACCACUCCGGAAAGGUCAAACCUAUCCGGAUAGCGAUCCUCUACAGCGCAGAGACCCCUAGGAGAAUCGUAGCCGUUAAUCACACUCAGAUCGCACGGACAUGAUUCAUCAACCAGGUUUAAGGGCCUGUCUCUCCUUAGAAAUCAAGGAUACAGAGUUAACGAUGUGGGAGAAAUAAAACAGCUUCAUACACCUGAUACGCCAUCGUUUCUCCAGUAAAUGAGGUAAUUCCAGAUACGCCAUCGUUUAUCUUCCUUCAAUAAACUAAUACGGUAAUACCAAAUACUAGGCAGUGAAAAAAGUGCUUUGGUGUGGCAUCACCUCGACUUUGGUUCUUGUCAAGCCAAGGAGCUACUAGACCAUCUAGAAACCGUUCUUGUGAAUGAACCUGUUGUUGUUAACAGAGUUUCAAACAAUCCUUCUGGUCACCGUCUAAUCUAGAAAACUGAGUCUCAGGAUCUUUCAACUUAAGAGCUCAAUCAUUUGCAAGAACACAUAAGCACCAAACCAAUCCUUUAUUGCCUCGUCUCUCGGACAAGAAUUCCAUAUCACAACAAAAAUCAAUAUUGAAAGGUUAUGUAAGUCCUCGAACCACAUAACAAAUUCACCUAAACUAACAAUCCAAUAAACAGUCUGAAUGAGGGGUUUGAAGUUAAACAGAGGAUACACAUUUCAAAACUAUAAUGACAAUCAUCAAAUGCUGGUUUUUAAGUUUCUCCGUCUCCUUGACGGAACCCAUAAAAGGAUCAAUGUGGAAAUCGGAUGGUCACAAUUGAGGUAUGAAACAGUUGCAAAACAUCAAAAGUUCCAAAACUGUAGAACAAGAACAAAAGUGCAGUCAUCUGAAUUAGGCAACCAGGCUACGGUGGUACGAGGCUUUACUACAGAUCAUCUGUUAAUAUAAGAUCGUGACCAAACCUUUCUGUAUAUAAACAACAGAACUCAUCCCUACAUUUAUCGAUGUGGGACUGGGACGUUAUAAGCAGCUUUACACGUUCAAUACGUUACCGUUUCAUAGCUCAAUGCCCUUACUUAUACUGUAUAAGAAUGUUCUACACGACAUAGUAAUUUUAUGUGGAGGAGAUGAGAUCCCGAAGUCCGUCAGCUAUUGUUUAAAUAGAAACCAUUAAAAACAAUCGCUCAAUUAAUCACUCCAUGUAGUUAGAGUAACCAGACUUUAGUGUACUUGACCAAUUAUAAGAAUACAAAAGAAACAAUUACAUGUCCUAUCACAACUUCUAAAAACCAGGAAACAUAUGGUACUACUAAAUGUCACAGAUCAGUGUGUGCUCUGCUCCUCGGCAGUGGAAAUGCACCAUCACCUGUUCUUUGAGUGCAGCGUCUCCUCUGCGCUUUGGCUGAGUUUUGCCUCUGGUAUUCUACCUAACCCACUGGCUGACCUCCACGCUGCAGCAGCUUGGAUAGCAGCAUCCAGGCGUACCCUAUGCAGCAAACAAGUGACACUUCUCAAGCUCUUCUUUCAAUCCAUCAUUUACAUCAUUUGGAGAGAAAGAAAUUUCCGCAUAUUUACUUCAGUGUCUUCCUCUACGAGUGACCUUCAUCAUGCACUCGACAGGUUACUUCGUGACCGGCUUCUCUCCGUUCCAGCGCCACCUCCAGCCGGCCCUUCGCUCCUUCAACUUUAUUUUGCUUCUUAUCGGUCUUUUUGAGGGGUUAAUUUUCGACUUGUGUUAUGUUGUUGUUUGUUCUCGUGUAAUAAGUUGUUUGCAGCAUUGUGAAAAUUUCAAAAAUGGUAUAAUAUUAACAUUUUAUCAAAAAAAAAAGUAGUGGCUUGCUUUUUUUUUUUUUACAUUAAGUUCAGUAGACGAAUGAUUGCUUUUUUAAUGUGGAGAUGUCUUUGGGAAGUAGAUUAAAAACACAUAUGUGCGUCGGCAAGUAGAAAGAAAUAGUCAAGACACGGAAAAUAAUAAAUGUUUGGAUCACAACUAGUCAAACGGAAGAAUUUGGAAGUGUAGUCACCGCUGGAAAAAUGAUUGUAAAAAUCACAAUUCAUGUGGGUUGUAGUGAAAAAUAAAGUUAAAGAGGUUUUGAAUUCCCUAACGUGAUUUUUACCCAUGGCCAUUGAUAUGCGUGUAUUAACUUACAAAUGUAAAAGUGAAGAUAAUCUUUUUUUUAAGCAGGACCCCUUUUAUUUGAAAAAGGUUCCACACCUAGAGUUGUUAUCAAAGUUUUCUUAUGUUGUUUGAACUGGACUCAGUCAAUACUACCAAGACCAUCCAUCUCUAACAAUGACCGACCUUUUUCAAACAAGAGAAAGUUCUUCUCUCAUUACGCGUUUGCGCUGCUAAUAUACUGACUUGUUCAUAACUCAUAUAGCUUGAACUAUUUGAUUAUGUUGUCAUCAAAGUCUUAGUUACCCUUUUGAUUUCUUAUGGCGUCUUCUUCUCGGAGCUGGAGAUACAACGUCUUCCCGAGCUUCCACGGACCAGAUGUUCGUGUAACAUUUAUGAGUCAUUUAAAAAAGCAGUUUCAACACAACGGGAUCAUAGCGUUCAACGAUGAAGGGAUUGAGAGAAGCAAACUGAUCGGUACUGAACUCAUACGGUCGAUAAGAGAGUCAAGAAUCUCAAUCGUGGUGCUCUCGGAGAACUAUGGUUCUUCAAGUUGGUGUUUGAAUGAGCUAUUGGAGAUUUUGAAGUGUCAAGAAUCUGCGGGACAAAUAGUGAUGACGGUUUUCUACAAAGUGGAUCCAUGUGAUGUGAGGAAACAGAUGGGAGAGUUUGGUAAGACUUUCAAGGAAACUUGCGAAGGGAAAACAGAGACCCAGGUGCAUAAAUGGAUUCACGCUUUGACCCAUGUCGCCAAUAUAGCCGGAGAACAUUCUGUGAACUGGAACAAUGAAGCAAAAAUGAUUGAGAAGAUUGCCUUAAAUGUUUCAGACAAUCUAAAUGCUACACCAUCUAGGGAUUUUGAUGGGAUGGUAGGACUUGAGGGUCAUUUGGGGAAGAUUCAAUGUUUGUUAAUUUUAGAAAAUGAUGAACCUAUGACCUUAGGAAUCUCUGGUCCUGCGGGUAUUGGUAAAACUACCAUUGCAAGAGCUUUAUACAACCAACUCUCUCCUGAUUUUCCGCUUAGAUAUUUCAUGGAAAAUGUUGGAGGAAGUUAUAGGAAUAUUGGUUGUGGUGACCAUGGUUCAAAGCUGCGUUUACAAGAAGAGCUUCUUUUGCACAUUUUGAACCAAACCAAUAUAAAUGUAUGUCACUUAGAUGUGAUAAGUGAAAGGUUAUGCAACCAAAAGGUUCUUAUCGUUCUUGAUGAUGUAGAUAGUCUUGAUCAGCUAGAUGCUCUGGCUAAAGAUAUAUAUCAUUUUGGUUCCGGAAGUAGGAUUAUUGUGACUACGAAAGAUCAAGAGCUUUUGGAAAGAUAUGGCAUUACCAAUACAUACCAUGUGGGUUUUCCAUCUAAUGGAGAAGCUCUUGAGAUCUUCUGUAGAUAUGCUUUUAGAAGAAACUCUCCAAAAUAUGGUUUUGAAAAGCUGGCAAUAAGAGUAGCGGAGCUUUGCGGUAAUCUUCCGUUAGGUCUACGUGUUGUGGGCUCAUCUUUAGGUGGGAAAAGUGGGGAUGAAUGGGAAGUUAUUAUCCAUAGGCUAGAAACUAGUCUUGAUGAAGAUCUUGAGAGAGUAUUAAGAGUCGGAUAUGAGACUUUACAUGAGAAAGAUCAAGCUCUGUUUCUUCACAUUGCUAUAUUUUUCAACAACAAAGACCAAGAUUACGUAAAAUCCAUGCUCCAUGACUGUAAUUUGAAUGUUGAACAUGGGUUGAGAAACCUAGUCAAUAGAUCUCUCAUAGACAUAUCUACCAAUGGAGAAAUAGUGAUGCACAGCUUACUACAACAAAUGGCUAGACAAGUCAUUCAAAGACAAGAACCUUGGAAACGCCACAUUUUAAUUGAUCCUCGUGAGAUUUGUGAUGUUCUUGAAUAUGAGACAGGGACUAGAACAGUGUGUGGCAUAUAUUUCGAUACAUCAGAAACAGGCGAAGUGUUUGUAAGCAAGGGAGCUUUAAAAAGAAUGCGUAACCUUCAGUUCCUGACUGUCCACAAAAGAAAACACUGUGAAAAAGACAUAGUGUGCAUACCUCAGGACUUGGAGUUUCCACCUCGUCUUAAGUUACUACAUUGGGAGGUGUACCCAAGAAAGAGUCUCCCUAUGAGAUUUCAUCUCGAAAAUCUGGUCGAACUCAAUAUGCGCGAUAGCCAGCUCGAGAAGCUCUGGGAAGGAUCUCAGCCCCUCACAAAUCUCAAGAAGAUGGAUUUGGCAAUGUCCUGUCAUUUAAAAGAACUCCCAGAUCUUUCAAAUGCAACAAAUCUCGAGAGACUAAAUCUGAAUGACUGCGAGAGUCUGGUAGAGAUUCCAUCCUCUUUUUCAAAUCUUCACAAGCUAAAAGCGUUGAGCAUGUUUGCCUGCACAAAGCUAGAAGUCAUUCCAGCUUACAUGAACUUGGCAUCUCUUGAAUCGGUUGAUAUGACUGCAUGCCAAAGAUUGAGAAACUUUCCAGACAUCUCUAGGAACGUCUCAAAGUUCUCUAUCUCAGUCGAGGAACUAGACCAAGUGCCUGAGUCUAUCAGGCUUUGGUCUCGUCUUCGUGUUCUCACCAUAACCAGCAAAGGAAAACUAAAGUCCUUAACACAUCUUCCCCAAAGUGUAAAGCAUCUACACCUAAGCUGCAUUGGUGAGCAGAGGAUUCCAUAUUUCAAGAAAAGUCUCCAGCGGGUAGAACUUUAUCUAAACAGCUGCAGAAGUUCACUACUCAGGGAAGAUUGUGAACCCAAGGAGGGACUUACUUGUCCUUAUGACACUCCAUACACGCAACUCGAUUACACGAACUGCUUCAAACUGGACCGAGAAGCACGGACAGCAAUUUUAACAGAACAUUUUGCUCAAGGCUGGGCUUGUUUACCUGGAGGAGAAGUGCCUGUAGAGUUCGAUCACCAAGCCAAAGGAAAUAGUGUGACCAUACAUCCCGUGAGUAACAUGUCUCUCACCAUUUUCAAGGUUUGUGUGUUGAUUUCUCCUAACCAGCAAACCAGAGAAUCGGAACAACUAGCGUGUUGUCGUAUAAGCAAAGGGAUUGAGGAGAUCAGUGUUUAUGCUAUUCCUAGGAUUCAAAGAAAACAUUUAUUUCUAUUUCCCUCAUACUUAUUGCAAGAAUCUACUAGCAGAGAGGUUGUGUUUACAUUCAGCAGCGAACUCGAGAUUGUUGAAUGCGGUGUCCAAAUCUGGAAGGAUGAAUCAGAAAGAAACCAAAGUGCAUAUAGUAAACCAGGAAAUGGUGAGGAAGAAGAUGUCAGCAAUAACCAGCAGGACACAUAUAACAUCAGCAGAGCUUGGGACGAAGAAGAAGCUGAGGAGUAUGUGAAUCUGAAUCCAGCAAAGCGUACAAAGAGAUGAAACAUAUUGUAGAAAGAGAUGAAUUACGCUUAUUUGCCUUAAGUUUAAGUCUCUUUAGUUUUUUUUCUUGUCUUGUCUUAGCUGAAUAUUAUACCAUUUCUUCUUCUUCACUCCA